AUGGAGUUCUGGGGUAAACGAUUUCCUGACUUACUUCGUCUUCUUCGUUCUGUAUCUAGGUUGAAUCGAAACGAUGCUUUGGCAGGUGUUGAAGUUAAAAGCGGCGCAUCACUUUCGGUAGAUCCUGGGGAGGAUAUGAUUCUGCACAUCUCACAGGCUGCUCUGGGAAAGAAUGAGAGCAAUGAGAACGAGUCAGUCCGGCUUUACCUGAAAGUUGGAAAUCAAAAGCUUGUCAUUGGGACUCUAUCCCAUGAGAAGUUUCCUCAGAUGAGCACAGAGAUUGUGUUGGAGAAGGGUUUUGAGCUGUCUCACAGUUCGGAGAAUGGGAGUGUUUAUUUCACUGGCUACAAAGUUGAUGCAUAUGAGUCAUAUCCUUUUAACUGCGUGAAACAGGUGAACUUUCAAUUGCCGAAUGAAGAUGUUAAGGCCAAUGAGGAAGAAUCAGAUGAUGACACUUCUUCUGAUGACUCUUCUGAUGGCUCUGAAUCUGAGGAGGUGAAGGUGGUUACUACCGAAGUUGAGAAUGGCGAAGAUGCUGAAGAUGAUUCGUCUGACGAUGCUGAAGAUGACUCGGAUGAAGAUGACUCAUCAGAGGAAGAAACCCCAAAGAAGGCUGAAGAACCCAAGAAGAGAUCUGCAGAAGCCAGCACCUCAAAGAAAGCUGUUUCCAACAAGAAGGCAAAAUUCGUAACACCGCAGAAAACUGAGACGAAGAAACCGCAUGUCCAUGUCGCAACUCCACAUCCAUCAAAGGGAGGGAAGAACUCUGGAAGCAAGGGAGAGUCGUCAAAGAAGCAGCAGACACCGAAAUCUGCGGGUACGUUUGGAUGCAAGUCGUGCAACAGGACCUUCACUUCAGAAGGAGGAUUGCAGUCUCACACAAAGGCAAAACACAGUGCAGCUGCUUGA